UGUUCGGCAGAUUCACGAAGUGCUUUGUUACCUAACCAACCAACACAAACAUAAUCCACGAGGUGGCGCUUAAUCAUAAACACAAUCAACAAAACCACGUUCACGUUUACCAUCACAGCGUCUGAAACGGAGAAAAGCAAACUGGUUCAGUUUCUUCAAGGAUGGAGCCAAGCAGCAGUGGUCAUACGAGGCUCUCAGGGAAGAGAGAUGAUGUUCAGCUGCUGCAGGCAAGUAGCAAGGCAACUUCCUUCGAGGCAACAGAUGAGGAUAUGGAAAAGAUUCUGGCAUCACCUGAAAGAUUCGAUGUGCUUGAUACUCCUGCUACACUUGUGACAGAGGACAGCCGUACAUGUGGCUAUGACGAGGAAGACUACAAAACCCACAGAGUGGACACGCACGGAUACCAGCGCAUGCAUCAUCCGAUGAAGCUACAGAAAAGCCACCAUCACAGACGCAAGAGUAGCAAGAAGCGUGCUCGCGUGGAGAUGACAACCCAGGAGCAGCAGGACGACACUCCGGACGCUUCUGCAAAAGAUGAUGUUGACAAAAUUGCCGUGGACAUCGUCUCUGGCGACCACACGCCCGUGCCCGGUGCAGAAACCCCUUCUACUAGCAAACAAGAUGGCGCCGAGGCACUGCCGGCUCCCCCUGCGCACAAGCGAGAGUUGGCUACACCUACAGACAGCGCGAGCGUACAGUCACCUACGGAGAGUGACCUGACACCCUCGCCUCCCACUGAAGCCGACCUAUUCAUACCACCCAAAGCAUCAGAUGCCAGUCUGGUGCAUGCAAAUUUUUACCUUGGCAGUGGCACGAAUCUGCGUACGGACGAGGAGGAAGAGAGCAAGCCCUUGCUGGUUAAGCAGGAGGAUCCCGACAAAGAGGUCAAACCUGCUGGUAUAUUAACAAAGGUGGAUACCCAAUCACUGAAAUCUGAAGUUUCACCGGCUCAAUCCCCACGUAAAUUGGACACAGGAAAAGUUUCCUUUCAAAUAGGUGGUGAGAGCCAUGAAGAGUUGCAGCAACAUCCUGUCAAUAUUACAUUUCAACGCCGUAAGCUUUCGCAUUCCAGUGUUGGGGAGCCGUUAUCGCCGGAGCACUUUCGCAAGUCGUCGCUUCAGCAUCAUCACCACGGCAACAAGGGUAUGGGUACCCACCUUGAUCGGAGACGGUGCAAGGGCAGUGACGUGAUGUUUCGCACGGAAAGCCUGCUGUCUCGCAUUAACACGAUGGAGGCAGGAGCCGAGGAUUUCGUUGAAGGGGAUAAGGACGUAGUGCACAGGUACGAGGAUGUGAGAGGGAUUCGGCGGCGCAAGAUCAAGGCAAAGAGCUCGGUUUCCUCGGUGACUCACCUGCUGAAGGGGGGAGCUGAGGGUACGUCCCAGGAGGACGACGUUGGGUUACCAAUCUACAGGAAGAAGAAGUACGACCACUCUCCACACGAGAUAUUCGUCGAACUGGAUGAGCUCAUAUAUCGGGAGGAUGAGAACGAUUCCGCGUGGAAGGAGACGGCACGUUGGAUCAAGUUUGAGGAAGAUAUCCAGGAAUCGGCCGACCGCUGGGGCAAGCCGCACGUUCCCUCGCUGUCCUUCCACAGUCUGCUGGAACUUAGGAAGUGCCUUGAACAGGGAACUGUGCUUCUGGAUUUGGAAGAGAAAGAUCUCUCUGGUGUUGCCACACGUGUGGUGGACAACAUGGUGAUUACUGACCAAAUUAAAGAAAACGACCAAGGAGCUGUACUUAGAGCACUUUUACUGAAGCACAAGCGUUUGAAUGAAAAUGGAUUCAUUCGACGAAAUCUAUCUUUUAAGAACCUUCCUACUAUGGACACGAAAAAGACUUCAAAGCAUAGUAUCGGGACACUCCUAGACAGGUACAAGCAAGGCGACGUUCAUUACGUGAAGAAAGAUGGUUCAGCAGUGCUCAUUGACAUAGAACAAAAUGGCGAUAAUAAGCAAACUGCAAAUAAUUUAGGAGCUAGAUCUGCUUCUCAUCCCAACCUGGGUCGAAUGGAUCAGGAUGUCGCUCACAACAAACAUAUGACAGAACUUCGGCGGAAGAUUCCAGCAGGUGCCGAGGCAUUUGCCAUUCUCGUUGGAGCUGUCGACUUUCUUGAACAACCAACAAUCGCAUUUGUGCGAUUAGCAGAAGUUCCUUGGUCUGCAACGACACAGCGUUCUACCUUUCACACGGUUGCGUACCGUGCAGACGAUCGUCAAGAUAUACUGGUGGCCAUCAAUGAAUUUCUGGACACGAGCACUGUCCUGCCACCUGGUGUGUGGGACAAGAAAACUCUUCUCGGCAUUGCUGAAAUGCAGAAACAACAGAUGCUCAAGCAGCAGGCUAGAAUCAAGAAGCGGAGACGGCACGUGAGCAAAGAGCAGGAAGGUGAGAAGCCUCUGGAGCAACUCACUCGGACUGGUCGUGCAUUCGGUGGCAUGGUGAACGAUGCGAAACGGCGUUACCCUCUGUACAAAAGCGACAUCAUCGACGCAUUUAACAUGCAGUGCCUAGCGACGUGCAUCUUCAUCUUCUUCGCUUGUCUAUCUCCAGCAAUCACGUUUGCAGGCGUAAUGAGUGAUCAAACAGAUGAGUGGAUGGGAGUGUCAGAAAUGCUAGCAGGAUCAGCCCUUGGAGGAUUUAUAUAUAGCAUAUUUAGUGCCCAACCAUUGAUUAUACUCGGUGCUACAGGACCCAUUCUGGUAUUCGAGUAUAGUUUAUACGGUUUCUGUAAGUCGCAGGGCUUUGAGUUUCUGGUGGUGCGCUGGUGGAUCGGCGCGUGGGUGAUGCUGAUGACGGUGGUGACGGUCGCACUGGAUGGCAGCGUGCUCGUGCGCUACUUCACUCGCUUCACCGAGGAGAUCUUCGCCGCGCUCAUCUCGUUCAUCUUCAUCUUUGCGUGCAUCGAGAAGCUGUACCACAUCUACGCCGACCAUCCGCUGCUGUCGCUCGAGAAGUACUGCGACGGGGUGCUGAACGCCAAUGCGACGGUCGCCGACAGCGAUGGCGGUGGCGGCGGCAACAACACGGCGGGGUCCGAUGACGAUUACUCGGCGGGCGGGCUCGACGACGCGGCGGAGGUGGAGCGACAUCACCCCGAGAAUCUGAAGAACCAGCCGAACACUGCGCUGAUGAGCACCGUCUUCAUGAUCGGCACCUUCUUCCUCGCCUACUUCCUCAAGAACUUCCGCAACUCGAAGUUUUUAGGGAGGAGCCUGCGCCGCGCGAUCGGCGACUUUGGCGUGCCGAUCGCGAUUGUCGUUAUGACGAUCAUCGACGAGCUCAUUGUCACGGACACGUACACGAAGAAGCUCUAUGUGCCAAAAAGCUUUAGCCCAACGGCGCCAUACAAGAGGGGCUGGGUGAUCAGUCCGCUAGGAAUACACAAGUCAGUCGAGUGGUAUCUUUUGAUUGCGGCCUGCAUCCCUGCAAUGAUGGUCUACAUCCUCAUCUUCAUGGAAUUCCAGAUAUCAUCUCUUAUAGUGAACAAGAAGGAGCGAUGUCUGAAGAAGGGCGCAGGGUUCCACCUCGACAUGUUCAUCGUCGGCUCGCUGGCGUUCGUCUGCGCCGCGUUAGGUCUGCCGUGGAUGUGCGCCGCCACCGUGCGCUCGGUCGCUCACAUCUCGUCGCUGACGCUGAUGUCUCGCACGCACGCGCCGGGCGAGAAGCCGCGAAUCAUCGACGUGAAGGAGCAGCGCGUGACCAACUUCGUCGUCAGCGUCCUGCUGGGUCUGACAGCCUUGAUGGGGCCCGUGUUGAAUGCAGUUCCAGAAGCUGUGCUGUUUGGAGUUUUUCUCUACAUGGGAUUUAGCUCACUGCAAGGCAUUCAGCUUAUUGACAGAUUCAAGAUGCUGUUUAUGCCAGGAAAACAUUUCCCUGACGUAGGAUAUGUUAAAAAGGUCCCAACCUUUAAAAUUCACCUUUUCACAAUCAUCCAGAUCCUCUGCAUAGGUGUAUUGUGGGCAGUCAAGUCAUCGGCAGCAGCCCUGGCAUUUCCUUUUGUACUUCUGCUUGUAGUGCCAGUCAGAAAGGCAAUCACGCUAAUAUUUACUAGCACUGAACUGGCACAGAUUGAUAAGGAAGAUUUGGACACUGACUAUGAUGAUGAAGAUGGGCCAGACUUCUAUGAACAAGCACACAUGCCUAUGUAGAGUGCCCUGUGGCUGGCCAUAUCUAGUCAUUUUUUUCCCAUACUAGGGGUGUUUGCAUGAGCCGUAAGGCUAAUUCUGAAUAUUGUAAUGAAUAGCUUUAAUGGGAAAUCCUCGGUGUAUAAAUCUUGGUGCUACCCUCAUGUCUUGCAAUUUUCAAAGCACACUAUAGUUGUAGCUGAAGGGCUGCUGUCUGGUAAUGGAGAAUCUUAAGUACUUGUAAUUGGGUGCAUCUAUUUUUAUGCUGAUUCCUACAGUAUAUGUACUUAUUUAUACCAACCAUGCACAGAUACAUGUUACUUCAGAAUACUAUAUUCAGGUAUAUGUAUAGCUAGUUUGUAUUUUAGUUUGUUUAUUAAUAUUUAUUUCUACACAAUUGUAUAAUGUCUCUUCUUUACGAUUUUGACACCAGUCGAGCAGUAUGGUCACAUUUCAUUAUUUAUCUGCACAGCAGUAUUACAUUUAUUUUUCUUUACAUAUACUAUUAUAUUUUCCAUCAUAGUAAGCCGCAAGGUGAUCUGUAGUUUAGUCAACAAAAAAAAGCAAGUUGUCGAAUGUUGUGCCUUUAAAUUGUACAGCUCUUUAUGUCAGCAAGUGCUUCGAGAAGUUCUCCAAAAAUAAUAAUUAUAGUAAUUAGUAAUAAUAAGGUAAGGAAUUUCAUUUCUUGUUUGCUUUGCUCCUGGCUGCCUGUGAUUCGCCGUCUAUGAAGUAUAUCAGAAACUUAUCUAUAUCCGAUAUAUAAUACUUGUGUAUAGACUGGCUUCUAUGUAUGUGCGUAGUCAUUCUUAACAGAUACAAAAAGAUAUUUUUUGUACCAAAAGUGCGAUCAUCUUGUUAAUAUAGAUGCGCUUAUAUAUUGUUGGUUGUCAUGACAAUGGUUGGUUGUCAUAUGAGGUGGAACUGUGGUAACGAAUGCACUCCUCUGGCCAUGCAUGGCUGCUCAAAUAGGAAAUUGGCAUGUUGCCAAUGACACUAUAUGUUAUAAACUAUAAAUAUGCUAUGUAGUUUAAAAUCAAUGUUGCAGGCUUCAUGCUAUGAAACUAUGUUGACAUGUUUGUGGCAAAAUAUAUAUGUAUUGUGUUACUGUAUAUUACAA